AUGUCCAAGCGUGCGGGAGACCACGAUCAUGGCCCUCUGAAGGGCGGCCAUCGCCCUGACGCAAUGGACAUCGACGACAAGGUCGAAGACGGGAUGGGCGAGUUCGAGGACGAGUUCGAAGAUGAAUUUGAGAGCGAGGACGAGAUCUUUGAGGCAGGUGUCGAUGGCAGGCCAGACGCUGAGAGGGAAGCCGAGGAGAAAGCAGCUGCAGGUGAAAUGGAUGUCGACAGCACCACCACGGGCCCAGGCACGUUCAUCGUCGGCCGCACAAAACUCGAGCCAGGCCAAACUCUUGCUCCGGACCCAAGCACUUACCACAUGCUCCACAACCUCUCUACCCCGUGGCCCUGCCUCUCUUUCGACAUCAUUCGCGACUCCCUCGGCGACAACCGCAAGGUCUAUCCUGCCACUAUGUACACUGUCUCGGGCACGCAGGCUGAAGGCCAACGUGCCAACGAGAACGCGCUUAUGGUGAUGAAGUUCGCCGGCUUGAGCAAGAUGGACAAGCAAGGCGAGGACAGUGAUGACGACGAAGACGACGACGACGACGAGGACGCCGACCCCAUUCUAGAGUCUAAGAGCAUCCCCCUCUCCUCGACAACGAACCGGAUACGGGCCCACCAGACUCCCAACUCCGACCCCUCCAAACCUCCAACAACCCUCGUCGCUACCAUGACCGAGUCCUCCAACGUUUAUAUUCACGACAUCACACCGCAUCUCGCGACUUUUGAUACCCCUGGGACAACCAUUUCCGACAAGCAGAACAAACCCCUCUCUACGAUCCGCGCUCACAAGUCAGAGGGCUAUGCUGUCGACUGGUCGCCCUUAUCUCCGGCGGGAAAGCUUGCGACCGGUGAUAACGAUGGUGUUAUAUAUGUAACAACUCGUACGGAUGGAGGUGGCUGGGUCACAGAUACAAGACCUUUUACUGGACAUACCGGCAGCGUGGAGGAAAUUCAAUGGAGUCCGAGCGAGGACAAGGUAUUUGCCUCGGCAUCGUCUGACGGCUCCAUCCGCAUAUGGGAUGUCAGGAGCAAGAGCCGGCAGGCCAUGAUCACUAUGCAAAUCAGCAAGACCGAUGUCAACGUCAUGAGUUGGAGCAAACAGAGGUCCAACCUGUUGGCCUCCGGAGACGACGAUGGUGUCUGGGGUGUCUGGGACCUGCGUCAGUGGAAGCCCAACGCCACUGAGAAGCCCACCCCUGUCGCAAGCUUCGACUACCAUAAGGAGCAGAUUACGAGUGUGGAGUGGCACCCUACCGACGACAGCAUUGUGGCCGUCGCUGCCGGCGACAACACGGUUACGCUGUGGGACCUUGCCGUGGAGCUGGACGACGAGGAGAGCAAGGACACCGCAGGCGUGAAUGAUGUGCCGCCCCAGCUGCUAUUUGUGCACUAUCACGAGCAGGCGAAGGAGCUGCACUGGCACCCUCAGAUACCCGGCACCCUGGUGGCCACGGGCCAGGAGUUCAGCGUCUUCAAGACAAUUAGCGUCUAG